CGCCAACGCCGACGUCUACGACCCCGCCGAGUCUGCCAGGGGCAAGUUCGACGCGGCGAUGAAGAUCGAUAACAAGGUCAACAUCGGCUCCCAGCUCGGCGGCGGCGGCGCGGCGACGCUCGAGAGGACCAGCUUCACCACCGGCCAGGCUGUCCAGCAAACGAGCAAGGCUCGCCUCGCGGACGGCGGCGGCAACGGCGGCAACGGCGGCGGCAUCAAGAACGGAGGCGGCGGCGGCGACGGCGACGAGGGCGAUGACGAUGACUACUACGACGAGGGCGACGAAGACGGCGAGGGCGACAGCUUCAUCUCCACCCGCGCACCCCUCGAGGAGCGCUACGAUCGCAACGCCAUCAACGCCAUCAUGGAGGAGUGGUUCAAGACUCUGACCACCCUCCCGGCGGCCAUCCGCAUGGCGAUCGAGAUGGGCAUCGUGUCCUCCUCACAGCUGGUUCGGUUCAUGUCGGUGGACAUUCGUCCGUCCGUGGUGCGCGCGGUGUCGCGCUCCACCCCGCUCCCGGUGUCCAGGGCGUUCAUCGGGCGGCUCAUGGCGGAUCCUGCGUUUCUGUGGAAGCUGGGCUUUGAGCAGACGGUGACGAUCGCGGGCGGACUGAUGUACGAGGCGGCGCACCGCGGUGACAGGCUCAAGGACGAGUGGGACCUGGCGGCGGCCAACAUCGCUCAGCUCUCGCUCGUGAACGCCAUGACCGUCUGGUGCCUCACCCCUUGCCGUAACUUUGGCGCGCAGCACAAGCACGCGUGGCAGCGGGUGUUGGACUCUGUCCCCAACAACGCAUUCGACAGGCAGGGCCCGCUGAGGCAGUACACCAUGGGCAUGCGCGCGGCGUCCGUCGGACUGAAGGCGGCGGAGCUCUCCGCGCUCGGUGCCAUCACCGGCGGCGUGUUCCACGGGUUGAACAAGGCUCUCGUGGGUUUGCACAAAAAGAGGGAGGGUGACGAUUUCGAGCCGACGAUUCCCAUGCCGGACCUCAAGACGUCCGUCCUGGGCAUGGGGGCCUUCAUGGGCCUCAGCUGCAACCUCCGCUACCAGCUCAUCGGCGGCGCCGAUCGCUGGAUGACGGAGCGGCUCACCACGCUCAUGUCGGCCAUCACGGCGACGGGUCUCGGCAGGCUGGCGAACAACCACUUUGGCGACCAGACCAGGCUCUUCGCGCUCGGCCUGCCCAUCCACGCGACGAUGACGACGAGGUCGGCGGCCAAGGCGACGCCGAAGAAGACGAAGAAGGUGAAGAAGAAGGUGAAGAAGAGCAAGAAGAAGAAGGCAGCCGCCCCCCAGGAGGCUGUCAUGGCCUAAACAUUCAUUUGGUGGGUGUGGCGCCGGGGGGUGGCAUCCCCUUGACGCUGUUUUUUCUCUUGGUUCUCGGACCACUAUAAUAACAUUAAUUCGACUCCCGGAGCGUGGCCUACGAGCGUGGAGGUGUACCCGCGCGUCCUUAGCACGACGCGCGGCUGAUCUUUUAAUACGAAACGCAAUGCUUUACGUAAC